AUGUUUUCAACAUCUAAUGAUGUCUCUUCUGAGUUUUUUAACAAUGCAUCUUUCAGUAGCAUUGAUGUUUUAUGGGAGACAACUAAGCCAAAGUCUUUUAUCAUAUUCGGUAUCAUCAAGAACAUUGUUACUGGUUUUGGUUGGUACUACAUGACGUGUCCAACAUGUUUGCAUGAGGCUACUAUGGAGAUUGAGGAAUAUCUUCCACUUGAUGGUUCUUGUGAUUCUAAUAAAUUUGAAGUUUAUCACUGCUCUAACUAUGAAUGUUUUGAACACAUCAUAAAACCUCUACCGAAAUUUAAGAUCAAAAUUGAAGUUGAGGACGAUACUGAUUCAACUCAUCUUAUAUUACUUCAUGAUCAAGCUGUACAGAUCGAUGGAUAUUCAACAUUUCCAAAGGAGAUUAAAUCUUUGGUUGGGAAGUUGUUUGCUUAUAAGAUUCAAGUUACCCAUGAAAAUAUCGAAAAAUUUGAUGAAGUUUAUGAUACCACUGCGAUAAGCAGCGAUUAUUCUCUUAUUUCUCAUGUUAAAAAGAGCCUUUUGACUAAACAGGAGGAGAAUAUCGCAAAAGGUAAACGUAAUCUGUAUGAGUUGUACGAUGUUGAUCCAGCAUUUCCGAGUUGUUCUACAAAGCGUAGGGUUGAUGAAGAAAAAACUGGGAAAGAUUUUCAUUGA